ACAGACUUGGAGCGAGGGGAAAACAAAUUUCAUUUGGCAGGAACACAACACAAAGGACUGAUACGCAAGAAAUUUAUAUCAGUAAAAAAUGGGAACAUAAUACCUCAGAUAUAACACAUAGUUGUGGAAAGAAACAGCUUCAAGAUGUUUAGAAGACGAAGCAUGACACUGGAUAGUAUGAUUACGAGGAGAAAGAAGUUAUCCACAUCUUCAACUUAUAGCGAGUCUAUGGAAGAAGACAAAGUACUUUUCCCGGGAUUGUCCGUCAAAGUUGCCGCUAUUGAUAAGCUUGCUGAGCUUUGUGUAGAAUGCUUUGAUGAUGCCGGGAAAGUAAUAGAUGAUUCUUCAUUUCCUCGAGUGCUGUUUUUGAUGCAUGAGUGGUUUAUGCUAUCAGAAGAACUAGCAACGCAGUUUCUCCAACUAUAUCAGUCCAGCAAUAAAAGUCAUUGUAGCAAGGCAUCUUGUUUGCACAAUGCAGCGGCCGAGGAUUGCCACGCCUUCAGCUACAGGAGGAGGAUAUGUCAUGCAAUAAGGUAUUGGAUAUUGAACUGGCCAGUUCAUUUUGAUUUGGACAAGAAGCUUUACAACGUACUGCAACAAUUUCAAACACUUCUACAAGCAGAUGGAAAUUCUCAACUUAUAACCAUUAUUGAUGUUUCUAAUAUACCGUCCUAUGACUGGAUGCGUGUAGUGUCUGUGCGAAAUCCUGUGCGUGGUAGGAAUCGCAAAGUGUCACUAGUCUUCAACCACUUGGAACCCACAGAGCUAGCUGACCAUCUUACAUUCCUUGAGUACAAAGUUUUCCGGCGAUUAAAUUUUAGCGAUUUUAAGAGCUAUGCUCUAAGUGGUCAGCUAAAAGAUAAUGUGAAGUUGGAACGUUCUAUUGGUCUGUUCAAUGGAUUAUCAAUGUGGAUACAGUGUAUGGUACUAAGUAGGCACACCCCAAAACAAAGGGCAGAGGUCAUGGAAAAAUUUGUCAAUGUAGCAAUUAGAUUACAGGAACUGAACAAUUUUAACACACUAAUGGCGGUGGUUGGCGGUCUGAGUCACAGUUCUCUGGCAAGGUUACGCCAAACUAACUCGCACAUUUCACCUGAAAAACAGAAGAUUAUUACAGAAAUGACAGAGAUGUUGUCAUCAGCCUCCAAUUUUAGUAAUUACCGUAAAUAUUUGAAUGAAGCCAAAGGUUUCAAGAUUCCAAUUUUAGGAGUGCAUUUGAAAGAUCUUGUACUCCUGCACACAGCACUGCCGGAUAAGACAGAAAAAUCGCAUAUCAACUUCCGUAAGAUGGCGCAACUGAUGGUUACAUUCGAGGAGCUAAUGCGAUUGACACACAUGAAGCCCCCUGUUGAACCCAACAUGGAUCUUGUCAACAUGCUGAAGGUGUCUUUGGAUUUAAAAUAUACCGAAGAUGAGAUUUAUGAAUUAUCAUUAGCAAGAGAACCAAGGAACUCUGCAAAUAGUGCACCUCCAACACCAACUAAGCCACAUGUGUUUGCAGCCUGGGCUUCAGGUGUCUCUUCCCCCUCUGACAAUGAAACCAUCGGAAAACAUGUCAGUGCUAUGGUUGAGGCGGUUUUCAAGAACUAUGAUAAUGAUAAAGAUGGUUACAUUUCCUAUGCUGAAUUCCAGGCCAUUUCCAGUAACUUUCCUUUCAUGGAAUCGUUCUGCGUCCUUGAUGCCGAUCAGGAUGGCUUAAUAAGCAAGAUUGAGAUGAAAAAUUAUUUUGUAAAGGCUAACUCUCUUGCACUACGAAACAGCUUCAAGCAUGACUUUCACGUGCAUACAUACUUCAGUCCGACUUUUUGUUCGCACUGUACCGGUCUCCUCUGGGGCAUUAUAAAGCAAGGCGUUAAGUGUAGGAUCUGCGGUAUUAACUCCCAUAAACAUUGUAAAAAUCGUAUCGUGAUGGAGUGCAGAGCCAAGAAAAGUACAGGACUAAACAAUGGAAGUUCUUCACCAAAUGGUAUGAGGAGGCGACACACAAUGGAUUGCUCCAAGAUGAAUGGCGUGCAUAUUAAAUAUGAGCCUACAAGUCCCGACUCUUCUCCCGGUGAUACUUGCCCCAUUGACACUUGCCCCAUUGACUCUUGCCCCAUUGACACUUCCCCCAUCGAUACUUGCUCCUUAGAAACAUGUCCAGAAAUCACCCUUGCACAAAAACGCAAAAUGUCCAUGAGGCAGAAAGCCAGGCUAGUCCAGCAGAGCACGCAAACUGAGGAGUACGAGUCGGAUAAGGACAGCGAUCGGUGUAGCGUGACCAGUAGCAAUUAUCCAAGUAUCUGUACCGUUAGCGAGGAUGAACGAUAUUCAAGUAUGGGUAGUAGAUACAGUGGAAGUGUUGGAAGUUUAAACAAAAGAGAUGAAGUCGAGGAACUAAGGGAGAGACUUAUGACAUUGGAUCAGGAAAAAGCUUAUCUUGCCUCAGAGAAUGAAAAACUAAGACUCGAAAACCAGAAUUAUAAAGAGCGAAACAGGCAACUUCAGAGCAAUAUAGACUCUAUCAAACGGCACACGCUUUCAUUUAUAUUUGACCAGAUGGAUACUCUACACAAACAGGAGGACUCGAAAGUCUAAGGAAAAAGGGAAUGAAGAAGAAAGAAAUGAAUAAAAGAAAGGAGUCGACAGAAUGAACAAUGAGAAAAAUCAAGACCUUGGUAAAAAGGGACAUUUGAGCAGUGAGAGGGCAAUGAGAGUCAAUGAGGGGAAAUUGACGAGACAAGGUGAAAUAUGUCAGAGAUCAAAAAAGUGACCAAAAAUAAUCGCUCUGAAAUAAAUCCAAUGCUGUUAAAACAAAGCCAUAAAAAUAAUUUAUUAUUUAAAUUUGAAGAAAAAAAAAGAAUUUAUCAAAAGGCAUCUUAAUUUAUAAUUGUUCUACUUUUAUGUUUAUGUGGUUUUCUGUAAUAUUUUCUUGGUAGUUGUCAGUUACAUUUGCCAUUUAAAAUCAUUAAGUACACAUGAAAAUCAACAGGUACAAGUAUUUUGUGUUAGAGGGCGACAUACUUCUUAAAAUUUCCAUUGUUUUUGACUCAACAUUGAAUUUCAAAUGUUCACAAAUUGGAUUUUUUUUUUGCAGUAUUUGUAAAUGUUUAAUGCCUUGGUAUCUAUAUGGCCUUGGUAUAUAUCUUAUGUACUCCUCUUUAUCUCAACUGAUCUACUAUUUAUCCAUGAAUAAGCAUGAAUAGUUUUGAUUUAAAAAUAUGAUAUAUAAUAUUAUAUUCUGAUAAAUUUAAAUGACAUACGAAUAAUAGCAUUGAUGGGCAAAUUUACAGCAAAAAUUGUUAUCAGAAGUAUUAUGCCAAACUAUGUAAGGUCAUAAAUGUUACGCGACAUAAUGUUUUUUAAAGCAUAUUUGUAUUAAUGCCAAAAAAACUAAUAUUCUAUGAAAUAUGGUUCAAGUGUUUGUAGAAAUACUCAGUAAAUGGUCUUUGUGACUUUAUGUGUUGUAUAAAUUAAAGAAUUAUUUAAUGAAUAAUAUUGAUCCUUUUUAUGCUAAAGAAAGAAAGGCUGAAUAUUGACAACCAGUCAUCAUAAAUGUAAAAACAAUUAUUUAUUGCAUAAAAAAUAUAAUAAUCCCUCUAGAUAUCAGAAUGAUAUGCAAAAUAGACAAAUUAUGUAUUGUGUUUAAAAAUGGCUGUCUUAUAAAUGUGGCUGCCAAAUAUAAGUGCUGAGUUUAACAAACCUAGCGUAUGCUGCAUAAAACUUAGAAAACAGAAGUUGUACAGAAAUAAUUUAUUAUUAUAAAACUGUUAGGGAGUGGUCCUUAGGAUUCUCGGGCAAUGUUGUUGAUGUGUAAAUAGACAUGGACCUCAGCUGGGCUGAGAUUAUAUAAUUUACUUUUAUUUUUUAAGUUUAAAUUAAAGAAAGACAGAUUGCAUGAGAUGCAUGUAAGCAUGACGAGCGCAAGAUAGUUUUGAGGUCUUUUAAAGGGUCCCAAUCUUGGACAUAAUUUGAUCUUUCAGGAUAUUUUCAGGGUAUGUUUAUUUUGUUGAAUUUUCUUGUAAUAUUUUCAGAUCUACCUUGUUAUAUAGAAUCAUUUAUAAAAUACCUUGGUUUAUUUUAGUCUUUAAAAAAGCAAGGAAAAACUGUAUGUGUAUUGAUUUAUCAUUUUUAUACAAAUAAUUGUAACAAAAGAUUUUAAAUUUUAUUUUAAUAUCUAAAGGCAUUUUCUUAGCAAUGGUUUAUAAAAACUUUAAUAUAUACCCUUUAUUGCUGUUUACAGAGAAAUCAAGUUCUUUCAGACAAUGCUGAUUAAAAAGCAUUAUAGACCACAAUUAUGGCAACACUUGUAUACUGUAAAUAGCAAACAACAGUCUUAAAACACAUUAGAUAUUCUUUGUACAUUAACAGAGGCUGGGCUUGAAAAUAUUAUAGUAGAGUACUACACAGUUAUAAGUCCCAGGGAAGUAACCAACCUUAAUGGUACCUCCAGUCUAAAUUCUUCAAAAGAAUUUAUGAGGAUCUAAUACAAAGUGCCAAAUUAAAACUUACAGACUGGGACGGUUAUAGUAGGUAUGUAAAAUAGUAGGCAUACACUCUACAACAGACCCUAGGCAUAGGGACACAGUAAGACAUGAU